AUUAAGUGAUUCAACUUAGCUUCUACUUGUUCUUGAGAAAUUCAGGUUCUGUCAGUUCAUUUUCUCUUAAGAUUAUUCUUUCCCUCUGUUUUACUUGCAGGAUUGUUGAGGAUCGAGACGAUGGGCGAGAUGCAAAAUGAGUACGCCACAAGUGACACGGAUAUGCAAGUAAUUGGGAAUUUCUUGCGUUUUGCUUCAAGGGGAGACAGAGUUGGAUUGAAUCAAAUGUUGAGGGACGGUACUUCCCCUGACGUGCAGGACUACGACAACCGGACGGCUUUGCAUCUCGCCGCCAGCGAAGGCCAUGCGCCGAUCGUUGAGCUUCUUUUGCAUUACAAGGCUAAUGUCAACCUCAUUGAUCGAUGGCAACGCACUCCCUUGACAGAUGCAAGACUCUACAGGCAUCGUGAUAUAUGCAGGAUCCUGGAAGUAAAUGGAGGAAAGGAUUUUAUCAAUGAUCACCCGAUGACUGUCCGACAUGAUCAGGAUUCAAAUGAAGUAAACUUUGAUAUUACAGAAUUGAAUACCCAGCAUUCCUCAGCAAUUGAACAGGGUGUAUUUGGGGAAUCUGAGAAGGUCAAAUGGCGUGGAACAUGGGUUGUCAAAACUGUAAUAAAGAGACAAAUACAACACCCUGUAAAAAUGGUUUUGUCUGCCAAAGAUACUACUCUCUUACGAGAACUUCGACACCCUAAUAUCUUGCAGUUUCUCGGUUCAAUUGUGGAUGGAGAUGAGAUGGUUUUAAUCACAGAAUAUCUGCCAAAAGGGAAUUUGGAUAAGAUAUUGUCCACAAAAGUCAGACUUGACCUGCCCACUGCACUUCGCUAUGCACUGGACAUUGCAAGGGGAAUGAAUUAUCUUCACGAGCACAAGCCCAACCCCAUAGUUCAUAAUCAUUUGGAUCCCAGAAACUUAUUGCAGGAUGAAGGUGACCAUUUGAAAAUUGGUGAAUAUUGGGUGCAAAUGCUAUAUGAGGAAGUACAGACAAAUUGUGAGAAUUGCCAAAUGAAUGAUAAAUCCAACAUCACAACCAAUCGACUGAAUGACACCAAGAAGGAUAUUUGCUCAUUUGGGCUAAUAUUUUAUCAGAUGCUAGAAGGAAAACAGCUGCUGCCUAACAUGAAUUUCGACUUCAUAAAUCUCAAAUCUGUUGAUUUUGAGCCAAAGUUUCUUCUAAGCAGAUGCUCUAAAAGAAUUCAACAAUUGAUUGUGCGUUGCAUAAGCAAAGAUCCUUCACAAAGGCCCUCGUUUGCUUCUGUAAUAGAAAUCAUUGAAGAAGUUUCUCUGUGCUUAGGGAGACCUGCAUGCCCUGUCUGCUGAAAUACAUAAUACAUGUCAU